AAUUGCCUAAAAUGUUUUUCCUUUACUUACAGACCGGAGUCAAUAUUGAAAACUUCACUCAAAAAAAAGUGGGCGCUAGAAUUUCACCCAAAAAAAGUACUAUUAGGAAAAGAUGAAUUCCACGAACUUAUCCGGACAGCUUUGUCACGCACAAGGGCUCAAGUCGUGCUAGAGUUUUUGGUCUUUUUCAUCAUCAAUGUCGUCGCUCUUCUUGRUAAUCUCUUAGUAUGUUGGGUUUUCUUCAGGACCCAUCGACUGCGAACAGUAACUAAUAUCUAUAUUAUCGCACUUGCUUUAUCAGACAUCAUCUUUACAACUUUAUGCCUACCGAUUCUUGAAGGAGUAUUGUUGUCUGGUAGGUGGUUGUAUCCAGCAUGGAUUUGUAAGAUUCAUGGCUUUCUUGUUCUACUACUCUGUUUUGUUUCACUUCAUACAAUCGCCUUGACAGCCCUGAAUCGUUAUUUCAGGGUUGUAAGACCGAACAUCUUCAAAAAGAUCUUCACCAAAAAGUUUACAAUCAUUUCAGUUUUUGUCGUUGUUCUUGUUGCCGGGCUUCUUCUUGCUUUUCCCCUUUUUAAUGGUUGGGCAAAUCUUUUAUUUCACCCCGGAAAAAUGGCAUGUUCGAUGCAGUUUGACGACAAAUACAUCGACGUUACAUAUUCUGGGUUUCUUUCUGUAGUGAUGGUGUUGGGACCAUUUGUGACCAUCAUCGUUAGCUACCAAAGAGUCUUCAAAACUGUUCAAACUCACAAACGAACGCUUUCUCUAUCAGCAGUAACAGAGGACCACACGGCUGAAAAACUGAGCGCUGAAGAAAUCAAUAUAACGAAAACUUUGUUUGGUAUUGUUCUUGGUUUUACCAUUUGCUGGGCUCCGGUUUUUGUCAUCGAGUUCGUAGACUCGUUUAUGGGAUCAGACAACGGGCUUCCUCGACCGGUUUAYCUUGUUUAUACGUUUCUUGUGUCUGUUUCGGCUGCAGUCAAUCCUGUUUUAUAUGGAGUGUUAAAUAAAACCUUCAGGAUUGAGUAUAUGAGGAUUCUACACUAUUGCAGAAAGGGCAACGCAAUAAAUGAUGCUCCUGAAAGAUCCGUAAGACUGAAUGCUAUAUUCUCUCCAAGAGCUUGCUCCAAAAAUCAGAUUGUGAAUAGAAUAUCAGAUGAACAGUUUAAUCUUGCAAAGGUUGAACGAAUAAAUAGUUUAUCACCAAGCAUCAGAAAUAUAUCGAAACGAAAUGAAGGUGAAAUCAUGGUUAUACCAGGAAGGAUUAUAGAAACAAUAGAGAUUCGUGAACUCAACAAUUUGUAUGAACAUGAGAAAUCUCCCAAUUGAUACUACUCUAAAUGCUAAACACUGGCUUUUUUUUUUUUUUUU